AUGCACCGCCCAGUUAGCUUCGAGGUAAUUAUAACAAUUGUUAGUGGUCAACACAUUAUUUCCGUAACCGAAUUUCAAACGCAAACCUGCACUGGUGCCGGGUUUAUUUGUAUGUCAUGUCGAACGGCAGCACAAUGUCUGUUUCUAGACGGUGAAUGGCGCCCCCAGCCUUUCGAAGAAUGCAACGAAGAUGAAGGGUUUCACUGCAAUGUACUUGAAAGAGGUUGUUCUCAAAAUGUUGGAUCUUGCAAUCCAGCGGGGCAAGAAGGAAAUUUCGUAUGUAGCACUGAGGGUUUAUUUCCUGAUCCAUUCGAUUGUCAACGGUAUCAUCUAUGCUAUCGAAAUCAACAAAAUAUGGUAGCUAUCAACAUGGCAUGUGACUCAACGGCUUUUUCCGCCGCAACAGGAGAUUGUUCGUUACCUCGAAAUGCUAGUAUUUGCACUACUUUACAAUGGAACUGUUCACGAGCUGGAGAAAUGAAUAGCUGGCCUGAGAAUAAUAAUAUCUACUACCUUUGUAUAGCUGAUAGUAGGAGUGGCGUUCUUUAUCCCCAGCUGUACCGAUGCAGUGGUAACCAAAUAUUCAAUGACGGACAAUGUGUAGAAAGACAAGCUGUUCCCUUGCCUCCAGAUGGAGAUAACUCGUAUCGCUGUGAAGCCGCCGGACUGUAUCCAGAUCCUGCUAACUGCCACUUUUAUUUCUUCUGUGAUAAUAAUCUGAAUUCGCAACAUUUGCAAUGUCCAGAAGGAACCAUAUUUCAAGCGAGUACCAAAUCUUGUGUUAUAGGAACGUGUUGA